GGAAUUUAACCGAAAAUGUCAGCGUACAACUGUUACAUGGCCUACAUUCCUCCGUAUUAUGGCCGGGACAACCACAGCUUCCAAAGACCUUACUCUGGUCCUCAACAAGACGCGAGAAACAAGAUGUCCUUCCUCGGCAUUGGUCAGCAGGGUAUUACCCUAAAAGAAUUAUUGGAGAAUCCAAAACUACAGACAGCACCAAGUCUGCAUGAUGGAAGCUACAAAGAUAAAAAUGGAAACGCUGCAUAUGAUCCAACCUCUGCAUUUCUUGGCCCAAACUUGUGGAACAACACCAACAUGCAGGAUGAAAAUUUCCAAUUGGAGUACAUGGACUUGGAUGAGUUUCUGUCAGAAAAUGGAAUCCCAAUUGACUUGAAUGAUAACUCAGUUGGUUCAGACUCGAACAAGUCACAGAAGUCACCGGCUCCUCCACUGAUAACCAGCUCGCCCUCCUCUCCCAUCAUUACUGCUAACCCCAUGCUCAGUGGAACAGAAACACAACCUGUCCACCCCAUCAAGACAUUAUUCAGUAAAGACAUUGAAUCCCCUAAAGAAGGGCCCAGUAGUCCAACCAUACGAUCCCUGCUGUCAGUUGAUAUCGAUUCUGUCACGACUACAGAUGAUGCACCACUCACUCCCAGUAGCAGUGGAUCAGUAAGUCCUCCACAUGUUGACGUGGACUUCGAGGUGGAUGAUGAAGAUAUAGUAUUAUCAUCUGUACCAGGACAUGAUUUUGACCCAAAGAGACGAAGGUUUACAGUAGAAGAACUGAAGCCACAGCCAAUAAUAAAAAAGUCACGUAAGAUUUUUGUUCCUAAUGACUGCAAAGAUGAUAAGUACUGGAAUCGCCGCAAGAAGAACAAUGUUGCUGCAAAGCGCUCAAGGGAUGCUCGGCGCAUCAAAGAAAAUCAGAUAGCAAUGAGGGCAUCCUUUCUGGAAAAAGAAAAUGACAUAUUGAAACAGGAACUUGAAAAGAUGAAGAAAGAAAAUACCAAACUGAAGAUAAGUCUUUGUAAAUAUGAGGGCACUCAGUAGCCUGUUUGUGAAGGGUUGGGUAGUAUUUGGGGGAUGUGUUUGUAACAUUAUAGAUAAGGCAUAAAAGACUAUUUCUCACUUAAAAUGUUAUCAAGUUUUAGUUGAAACUACCUCUUCUAGGACAAAAAAAAUCACCAGUCAGAAGUCCUAGAUCAUACAACAUAAAUCAAUCUUAAGUUUCAAAAUAUUCAUCAUUCAGGGGAGAGAGAGAGUGUGGCUCUAGUUACCUGGAGGAGGGGAGGGAGUGACUGUUUAACUGGUGGGCUGGUGUUGCAAUGUUAGGUAGUGAGGAUUUAUUAGAUGAGAUGAGAGAGGUGCUCUUAGUUAAGAAGUUGGAUGGAGUGUGAUUGUAUUAAUGCAGACAUGGUUUGAGGGGAGGGGGUCCUAGAUCGAAAUGGUAAAGUUGAAGUGUGGACUUUUAGAUUGAAUAUUUCUGCAUGUCAGAAGUCAUUUGUAUAUAUUCUUCUUUAGUUUGUGUUAUCAAUGGUAUUUUGUUGUGUACAGUUUCUUAAUUAAAUGCAUUUGAAAACUUCAUUAUUCAGUGUUUUGUAUAUACUCAUAAUUGUUUAUAAAAAAGAGCUAAGUAAUAGUCAUAAUUAGGUAUUAGUCGAGAUUUAAUGAUAUCUCAUUGUAUUCCCCAUUUUGAACAGGAUCCUCUUUAGGUGCAUUAAAUACUGCUAUUAACAAUUUUUUAUACAAAUAACUAAUACAUAGCCUGAAUACAAAUUAGUAUAGAAAUGUCCUUUGAUUGGCAUUACUGAAUUAAUUAGGUAAUUUUAUUUUCUGUUCAGUUUGUUUUUCGCAACUUUGGUCAGAACUAGUUAAUUAUUAGCCAAUCCAAUUAAGUACAGAACUAGUUAUUAGCCAAUCUAAAUUAAAUACAGAACAGCUAGUUAUUAGCCAAUCUAAAUUAAGUACAGAACUAGUUAUUAGCCAAUUAAAUUUAGUACAGAACUAGUUAUUAUAUAAUUAGCCAAUCUAAAUUAAGAAAUGCACAUUACAUAAAGUUUAUUAGUAGUUAUACCGUGCCAACCUUUAAGAGAUUCUCUGAGAUGACACUGUAAAUACCAUACUGGUACAUAUAACUUCAUCUAAGAACAUUUUUUAACUAUUUGUCCAAACAUUUAUUAGCUUCUAAAUAGAGCAGAGGUAAUUAAUCAGCUUUUGCUUGCAGACGACUAGAUACAUAGGGCAAAAUGACAUAGACAUGGAAAUUAUUGAUAUAUUCUUUCCUGUUGAUUUUUUUUUAAUUCUUUUUCCUUUUCACUUCUUUCAUUCCCUAUUCAUUGAAUAUAUAACUAUUAAUCCCAUACCAGUUGAUGACUUUAUUGUUAUUUUAAUUUUUGUGUUGUCUUCAGAAUUUUCAAAAAUAUUUUUUUAACAGUAAUGUACAUCUAACUUAAGUGUCCUUCAUCAGUGUUUUCAGCCUUGUACCGACAAUUAUACUGCCCCAGAUGUAGAGUAUUCACAAUUAAAGUGUCCCUGAUGUAGAUCACCCCACUCAAAUGUUGACCUACCUCAAAAUCUUGCACAGUUGUACUAUUCUUCCACAUCAACUAUAUUCUUGAUAAAUUUCAUUAUACCACAUCAGUAAGACAUUGUUAAUUUUUUUCAUUGGUUAUUCUUCUGAAAGUGAUGUCAUGGCAGUUUAACUGUUUUCAUUGGUUAAUUGAAUAUUGAUCAUGAACAACAUUAACAUUAUGAUAGUUUUCAUUGGUUCAUUUAAUGUAAGUGAUGUCAUGGCAGUUUUCAUUGGUUAAUUGAAUAUUAAACAACAGUAAUGUUAUGAUAGUUUUCAUUGGAUAAUAAAUGUAAGUGAUGCCAUGACAGUGUUCAUACUUUGGGAUUUGAAACUGUCUAUUGAAAAAUAAUUAGCACACUCAUUAGAUUUAUUUUUCCAACACUUUAAUUUUUUACUCUUUCUUUAAAAUACACACAUGUAUAUAACUGUAUUUAUGGUGUUUUUUUUUGUUAAUCAAAUUACAAUUGUCACAAGAUAUUUUUUCUAAUGUUAGAACAAACAGCUUUUCAUUAGCUGUGAUAUGAUUUGUUUUGCCUGUCACAUUAACUUUGACCAUAGUUCACAGGACACUUAAAUCAUAUGUAUCAUUCCUUGGUAGGCGACAAGAAUCAAUAUGUUUUUUUGAGAAGUAAAUUUUAUUAAUAUGUGCAGCUAAGUUUUAUAUUAUUCCUAAUAAUUAGGAAUUCAAGAAGAGACCUUAUGUACUGGGAAGUAAUAGAGCUCUAAUUAGCUCGAGGGAAAGACAACAUUGAGACCUUAUGUACUGGGAAGUAAUCAAGCUCUAAUUAGCUCGAGGGAAAGACAACAUCCACAUGUCAUCAAGAUCCGAAAUCAUUUAACAAUUGUGACAUAAUUUGUCUAGCCCAUGGGUGAAUUUCUACAUAUACAGUCAGACUUUGUUAUCUCAAAAGCCUGAUCAUGAUCACUCGAAGAUGCUGCCUAACUAAAGGUUCAGAAUUAAGGUCUGACAGUGAAAACUUUGUAUUAAAUAUUGUCAGUUACCUUGAAUAUUCACAACAUCUCGAAGUAUUUUCAUGAGCCUUGAGACUUUUUGAUAACAUGGUUGGACUGUAUAUCAACUUCAUUGAUCAGUUGUUUAUAUAUAUGAUGUUAAUCAUUGCUCAUGAACGUUCAAUUUUUGUUUUAUUGAUUUAAUAGCAUGUAUAUUGUAUAUUUGAAUUUUUACAAGUAUAUGAAAUUGUUAAUAUGUUGUUUUGUUUAUGGUGAAUAACAUGUAAAUAUCACUACGUUAGCACACUCAGGAAGACUUAAUAUAUUGUAUAUUACAAUAUUACUACAAGUGGUUCUUAUACAGCAGUGCUGUUGUACCAAAGAGUAGUGUUCUGGUUUCAUAAUGAAUGACUUUUAUACAUUAAAAUAUUUAAUGAUUACAGGAUAUUUAUGGAAAAAAUCUUUACACAUGAAAAAGUCACGGUCAUGUUCGACUUAUUUUAUAAAAUAAUGAUUAGGAAAAAUAAUUUUGAGUUGUCAAGACAUUUUUCUAUUGUUGAUUUGUUAUGGCAAUACACCCUACGAUUGUACAUAUUUAAAGAUGUCUCCUCCAAAACGAUGGCCUGGUUACAAACACCAUGGCUAUGUACAGGGGACCUGGUUACCAUGGCUAUGUACAGGGGAACCUGGUUACCAUGGCUAUGUACAGGGGAACCUGGUUACCAUGGCUAUGUACAGGGGAACCUGGUUACCAUGGCUAUGUACAGGGGAACCUGGUUACCAUGGCUAUGUACGGUUACCAUGGCUAUGUACAGGGGGACCUGGUUACCAUGGCUAUGUACGGUUACCAUGGCUAUGUACAGGGGAACAGAAGUCACUGGCUGCCUUCAGACAACAUCGAAUGAUUCUAAAUUAAGUAUCAACACAUUGUAUACAGUUUGGAUGUACAUUGUAAGAUCUGUAGUGUCUGUAAUCUACAUAUGUAACAGUCAUGGUAGGAACAGUGGUUAUCAGUUUGAUAUUGUUCAUCGAAAUAAAAAUGAUAAACAUCAAA